GAAUAGUAACGACGGAACUAUAGUGGAUGACUGACAACCGAAACUGGUGCUUGGAAUUGAGUCACCAUCAAAGAUGUUUUUUUUUUUGUUUGUUUGUUUGUUUUUAAACAUAGUGAAUGCAUUGGGCUCCUUUGAUGCGGUAUAAAAACGAUGUCAUCAUAUUCGCCCUGAAUCUGAUGAUAGGAGAAGUCAUUCAUUCAACUGGCCGGACAGUGCGGAGUUCUUUUGGUUAUAAGUCUGCAUUUCAUGCUUGAUCUCUUUGUCCACAGACGGGACGCGAACCUGCGUGUCCGGUAUCGGGACCUGCGGAUGUGACAGAAGGCGGCGACUGAAGGCGAUUAGAGGAAACACCAGAGACUGGUUCACCUGUGGAACCGCUGAGUCACUGGAAAAGACACAAACGGCGACAGCAUCCGAGGAGAAACACCAACAGGCAGUUGAUAAACCAGGUCGACAACAGAAUUUUGACGAUGAAGGAGGAAGUUGAGAAGCCUGAUAAAUGCAGCUGCCAUAAAUUUGUCGUGGUUUUCAUUUUCCUGACCACCUUCGCAAUAAUUCUCCUCUCAUAUUACAUGGAAAAGGAUCAGAAGGUGGCCCCACCUCCACUUAAUUCAUUGGGUCAGAACAAAGUCUACACCGUUCCAGUUUGGGAUCUAACUACUGCAUCUAAAGGGGACAACUUCUGCAGAUUCCCGCCAGUUUCACCUGAAGAUGCUGUGGAAGAGCGCCUUCUUCUGGCAUCAAACGCUUGGCCAACACCAUCACUACUCACCAAUUUUUCACUCAGCAAAACCAGCAACCCUCGUGGCAGCCACUUCGUCAUUUUGACCAAAGAUUGGGAUCCACAGUGGCAUGUCGGCGAUCAGCUUAAAGUCCUGAUUCAAAUCAACGACUUUCAGGGAAAUCCUAAAAAAACUGGCGGUGACUUUAUUCUUGCUCGACUCCACAACCCAGUUCUUCGCGCUGGUGUCACAGGACAGGUUACUGACCAUCUCAAUGGCUCCUACUCUGCUGAGUUUCCUCUGCUGUGGGACGGAAGGGCUGAAGUUGAGGUUACCCUCGUGCACCCCAGUGAGGCCAUAACAGUGCUGAGCCGACUGACCAAAGAACAUCCUGACAGAGUUCAAUUUGUCAGCAUUUUCCGCAGUGGGAAAGUCUCUGAACAAACUGUAUGUAAUGUUUGCCUGCGUCCAACCAAAGAGCCGAUAUGCAACUUCACUGACUCCAAAACGGGGGAGCCGUGGUUCUGCUACAAGCCAAAGAAACUAGACUGUGACACCAGAGUAAUCCACUCCAGGACCAAUUUCAUAGUGAACUUUGGGCCUUAUGCGACUCUUUUUCAAAGCAAAGUCAACAUGAAUGUUUUCAUUUCUCCCUCAGGAGCAUCAAGUGUGAAUGUUUUGCAAAAUGUAAACGGCACAGCAAGUGGCUCAAAGUUCAACCAGUCUGGUUACUACCUCAACGGCUUGUGGCAAUCCUUGACCUCCACGCCUGUUCACCAUUUUGACACUACCGCAGCCAUCAGUCAGUGUUUGCAAAACAAAAUGCUCUACAUGUAUGGCGACUCCACAGUCAGACAGUGGUAUGAAUAUUUAAUUGGAAGACUACCAGAUCUCAUGCACUUCAACAUGAACAGCUUGAAACUAAUUGGACCGUUUAUGGGAAUUGACUAUAAAAGGAAAACUAUGGUGAGGUUUCGGGUUCAUGGUCCACCUCUACGUUUCACUCCGCUUCCUGUCGCUGAGCUCCACUACGUUGCCAAUGAGCUGGACACACUCGUCGGAGGAGAAAACACCGUUGUGGUGUUUGGAGUCUGGGCUCACUUCGGCACGUUCCCCACAGAGAUUUACAUCCGACGCCUGCUUAGCAUCCGCAAGGCUGUCGUCCGACUGCUGAAAAGAGCCCCGGACACUCUGGUGGUGAUCCGCACUGCAAACCUCAGACACCUAACUCCUGCAAUAGCGUGGACCAACAGUGACUUUUAUUCAAUGGAGCGAGACAAGAUCCUCAGGGCUGUUUUCAAAGAUGUGAAUGUCCGCUGGGUGGAUGCCUGGGAAAUGACUGUGUCUCAUUAUCUUCCGCAUGAUAUCCACCCUCCAGUACCCAUCAUUAAGAAUAUGAUUGAUGUACUUUUGUCCUUCAUUUGCCCUGGAAUGGUGAGCUAAGUUUUCCCCAUGAUUCAUCAUUGUAGGUGACAUCUUUAAACCUGACCAGCUGCUGAUGUGCCCCAGACAAUAUUCUACUGACAAUAACCCCAAGGCAAAGAAAGCUCAAGGUCAAGGUGAAACGGUUCUCACCUGGCAGAUGUAAGACGGCCGUCUGUCCAGUACAGGUUUUAAAACUUUUAGCCGUGCGCUGAAAAAAAAAAAAGCAAGAUCCUCAAUGAGCCCUUGCUGUCUGAUCAGUCUCUUCCUGGGCUCCUCUCGUACCACACCCUUUGCUUUCUCUCAGCAUAUCCUGGAAUGCAAAUCUUUUGCUGUGCAAGUGUGUGAUAUUGCACCGCUGAUGUGUGUGCCGAACUGAUCCCAUUUGCUGCUUCUCUGUCCUUUCGGUCUAAAAGUGCCUAUACCCGAUUGUUAGGAGUUAAACAAAUUUAAACUACUACUAUAUACUACUACUACUACUACUAUACUCAGUCGUUCUCAAUACCUCCCUGAAACUUCCCUUUACCUACUGCCUUACUGUCAUGCGUCCACAUGUAGUUUGUCUGGACUUUCAUUCCUCUUCUCACAUCUCUCCACUUCAUGGGGGCAUGAGCUCACCUUCAUUUUGGAGUUGAUUUGGAUGGUCGAUUCGUCCCUCACACCUUAAAGUCGCUGAUUCUCCUGGUGACAAACAGGGGGGUCAGUCCUCAUAGAACAGAGGUCAGGAACCAAUGCCUGGCAAGCCUCAUGUGCCUCUUUUGAUAAGGAGUCUUGCUCUUUGACAUGAAAAGUUGGAUUGCAAAGUAAUGUAAGAACUAACAGCAGAUUUUAUUCUGGGUUUUUUUUUCCAAAUUUAGCCAUUUGAGACCACCGUAACAAAUGAAGUUGCAUGUGAGGUGCCAUCACCCUCGACAGCAAACUCAGUAACGCUGACUUCUCAUGAUGCUCUGCAGCUCAGAUCAACCAUUCACAGUCAUUGAGCACUAAAUUAUGGAAUUUUGCGGGCAAACAGGCUUCAUGCUGCCAAGAGUGCUCCUUGUCACAUCAGACCCAUGAAAUUACAGGCAUUUUAUUGACAUUAAAGUGCUAAAAUGCGCUGUUUCUUCCCACUUCUCUCCUGUUCCCAGAUGACCGUCUGUAGAGGCAGAGCCGUGCUGUAUCGAUCUACCACUGUGAUUGGUUGAAUGGACUGCAAAGCACCAUGGGAACUGUCACCGUAACUGAAUUUAUUUUUGAGCUUAAUGGGUCCUAUGCUCCUCUGACCAUAGAGUCCUUGUUGACGGUGGUAUUAAGUGAAUGCGCUGUACUGUAGUGAAUGAAGACACAGUUCGUAGUCACCACAUCGCAGAACCAUUCAGUAUCGCAAGACAACAACAUACAUCAACUGGUGCAAUCGACCUGCCACACGGGGAAUCUAACUUUAUCGCUUUAAAAGUAUUGUAUAAAAAUAAGC